CUGAAUUCUCUUUCUCAUGUUGUUGAACCACAUCCCCUUUGUUGUCUUCUCUUGAGCUUCAUCUUCAGUGCAUUGGCAUAUUAGAUGAUCUUUGUCAUUCACAAGGGCGUGGAGGUCAACCUGCUUAUGUUAACUUUCUGCUUUUGAGUGAAGUACACUGUGUAUUGGAAUACAUCGACACUGGGCUGGACAAGCGGAAGACUUUACUCGUCAUGACCUUUGUGUGUUAUUGCAAUUAAAUAAAGCCAAUUGCUCUUGAUAUAAUUGAAAAUCUAGCUCAAGGAGCUUAUACAGAAGUAUUUGAACUACGACAAGCGACCAGCAUGGCAGAAGUUGAAGGACGUGUGUAUGAUACCAUAGAGGAAGAAGAACAGCCGGUGUGGAAGUCGUAUUUGUACCAACUUCAACAAAAAGCGCCAAGACCUAUUCGCAUUAUAUGUAAUAACAAUAUUGCUGUCAAACCUCUUCAUUAUGGGAAGGAGUUUCAUGGAUCUAUAUCUCGUGAGGAAGCUGAUGAGCUGGUAAAUUCCCAGGACGGAUGCUACCUCGUGAGGGAGAGUCAGCGYCAGCCUGGAAGUUAUACAUUAACAAUGAGGUUUGGAGGUGUUUCCAAGAACUUUAGACUAUACUAUGAUGGAUUGCAUUAUGUCGGUGAAAAACGUUUUCAAACAAUGGAGGAUCUUGUUGCMGAUGGCCUCAUUACAAUGUACAUGGAUACAUACGCUAAGGACUACAUUGAUACAAUGAUGGUUGAUCAAGUUAUGGAUGAACAUAAACAAUCUAAACAGCAAGCAAAACCUGACAAUGGACAGUCUAAACAAGACCAGAGUGAUGGCACCAAGCAAGAGCCUCCUAAAACUGAAUCAGUUAACACUGAUAUUACUAAAGACAUUAAACCCUCUAUUCCUUCACAAGAAAUACUAAAAGAGGAUAGGCGAUUUAGCGCAAGUAAGCGACCAAGUUUCAAACCAUCCACUUACUCAAAAGAACAUAAUUUCAAGGUAAAUACAUACAAAGGUCUUCACUGGUGUGACUACUGCAGAAACUUCUUAUGGGGGCUGACACAACAAGGCUUCAAAUGCCAAGACUGUGGAAUGAACGUCCACAAACAGUGUAUGAGAGUYGUKGGAAAAGACUGUAAACCCGACAAGAAAUACGUACGAAGAGUAUUUGGUGUUGACCUUACAACUCUCGUGAAACUUCACGACACAAAACGACCAUUUGUUGUCGAUAUGUGUAUACAAGAUGUUGAAAAAAGAGGUAUGGUUGCCAUUUAGUUCUGUAGGUUUUUCGUUAU